GAUCGAGGAUCGGUCACUUAAUCAGCUGAUGCCGCACCGCUCCCACAGUACAGUUGCAUCCAGGGCGCGACAGGGGGGUCAACUCAUUCUUCAACUCGGAUACUAGGAUCGUGUGACUUAAAGAGUUAUGCCGAUGAUUUUCAUGUGAAAAGAGGAUUUCAUACACAUGGCGAACAAUGAAAGUGCAGACAAGGUAAAUCAUGUAGGUUUGUAGACAUGACAAGUGAUGUUGCCACUGCAUCUAGCAUGGGGUGUGGAAACUUUCCUGACCCGCUGUGGCGCAAUAUCUCUGAGAACGUCACCGACAACACAACGACGUUGUUGUCCAGUGUGGAUUCUACGCCACCCUGGGUGUACCUGGUCAUUGGAGUAUGUGUUGCCGUCAUGGGCGUCAUUGGCAUCAUUGGCAACGGCACCGUUAUCUGCCUAUUCCUCAGGUACAGGAUCCUCCGAUCGGCUGCCAACACGUUUGUCUUCAGCAUGGCGUGCACAGAUCUUCUGAUGUGUCUUGUGAACUUCCCCAUAUUCUCCACGGCAAACAUCACCGGAGCAUGGCCCUUGCCACCAGUGUCUUGUCAGGUGACCGGCUUCGUGGCUUCCCUCGCCGGCUACAUCUCGAUCAACACCCUCGCCGCCAUGGCCGUCGACCGCUGCAGUGUCAUAAAGAGAACAAAACCAAUAACAGGAAGGUCGUCCAGGAGUUCCAUGGUUUUAACGGUGGUCGGCAUCUGGCUAUACUCCGGCGUCUGGGCAGCCCUGCCCUUGGUGGGGUGGGGGCGGUAUGUUCGCUAUGGACCCACUGUGUGUUCCUUUGACUUCGAGUCAAAAGACACGAACAACGUGUCUUUCAUCAUCGGAAUUUACGUGUUCUGCUUCACACUGCAGUUUCUGAUAAUCGUCCUUUGCUACUCGUCCAUCUUUGCCACGAUAUAUUUCCACGACAGGAAGCUGAGCAAGAUGAAGGUCAUACUGACCAACGGCAGAGAGCGACGCACUGUAUCCAGGAGAAUGCUCGAACUCAAGGUUGCACGACUGGUUCUUUUCAUUAUUUUCUUCUUCUGUUUGUCGUGGGCCCCGUAUGCAAUACUUGCUCUUAUAAACAUGUUUGGAUGCCCGUCCCUUGUGACGCCGAUCGGCGUGGUGCUAGCGGGGGCGCUUGCCAAAACCUCGACUGUGAUGAACCCUCUAAUUUACGCUAUCUAUGCUCCGAGGUUCAGGAACUGUAUUUCAUUGUGCUGUCGGACUGGGAUUGACGACGCCAAACGGAGCUACAUUCCUUCAACUCACAAUCACCCUACAAUUCAUAAUACCAGUUCACGGCGGUCAUUAACGAACAACUCACAUCCUUCACACGUCAGACGCAUAGGUGAAUGUGUCGGGGAGCGACGUAGCUGCUCAACGGAAUAAGCAAACCGAUGACUGAAGGAACAUCGGUCUACAAUCCUGGGGUACACUUUCAAAUUAAACAAACAAUACCAGUCGUGAGAUGUCAUAUAUUAAGGUACUGUCUAUAUGUAGCGAUCAAGGUGAUCACACGACCUUCUUUCAAGAACAUCUUCUUGAAGAAUUGAAGAUCUUUUUUGUGGAUCUGGAUUUCGAGUUAACUUUGACACCGUGUGCCUGAUACAUUUCAGCAAGUGAAUGAUCACACAACAGCCUUGAGGAACAGUAUGCAAGAACAUGUAACGGUCAAUACUAAUCAGGUCAAUCGGAAACUAUUUUACACAUUUUACACAUCUAUUUUUGUCAACACACAUGGCUAACAUGAAUUAAAACCACAGGUGCAAGGGAUUUCAGGAGACAAAUCGGUUUUUCUUUCCCUAACAAAAUAAAUCGUCUUAAAUAUAAGAAGAGUCUCUACAAUAAUCCGAAUCAAAAUAUUCAAAAUAAUGUUUUCAGUGACCCUUUCCAGUUUUAAUUGUCGACCAAAUGCAUGGCUUGUAUACGAUGUAUGUGUUGUCUUGGUUCAAGGAACGUGCUCUAAUCAGCACUUUUUCUGUCGAUACAAAACUGCCGGGGAAAAGAAGGUAAUCACUUGUAGAUUCUUUUACUGAAAAAUUACAAACGUUAUCCAAAUGUAACAAGGGUGAAGCAGAUGCCGAAACACUGCAAAUCAAAGGUCUUAAACACUAUCAUGAUAGCCAUAUCAAAUACAUCACCAUCGAGUAACCAUUUCUUGAUUCUUCUUUUGUUUUUAUUCCCUAGGGGAAUUCAAAUAUAUACAUACAUCAACAUAGCCCCGUCCUUCAUCAGGCGCACUGUUGGUUUCGUAACACAUCAUUCGUGAUCCUUUUUCAAUCCCUUUUAACACUUUUAGGUUGAAAAAUGAUCUCGAAUGAUGUAUUACGAAGCCAACAGAGUGUGUCUGAUGAAGGCCGGGAGGCUGACAGCUUGACUGUGUAUAUUUAUCCAUCUUUUGUUUGUUUUGUAGCCGACCGCCUCCGUGGUCUAGAGGUAGAGCGUCCGCCCGGAGA